GGGGGAGAGGCCAGUAUAAACUACAGUCUCAGUCAUUUCAUUUCUGUUCAGACCUCUGGACACAAACUGCUCACAUCUGUCAGCAGCUGGACCAACUCUCUAUUAACUCAAGUGAAUGAGAUGCUCAUCGAUUUAAACUGAAAGAAACUUUUUCCUCACAUUCAGUUUUUCAGGCUGGACUGAAACAAGCUGUGGACAACUGGAAGACAUCUGGACUCCUGCAACUAUCUGACCUUGACGAUCACCUCUGAGGGGAGGAGACUGCCUUGCUCAAAGGCACCUCAACAACAACACUCUAACGCCUCAAAAAACUCUUCUCAGUUUGCCAUCAUCAGACCACCUGUUGAAACUCAGGUGGAUCUCGUACCUGUGGAAUUAUAGCUCAGAGCUCAUUAACGGACAAGUUGGAAAGUCUUUGCUGAACUAGUCGGUCAUGGCAGACUGGAGCCUGCUGGGAAACUUCCUGGAGGAAGUACAGGAACACUCCACUUCUGUCGGCAAAGUGUGGCUGACCAUCCUGUUUAUCUUCCGGAUCCUGGUUCUCGGGACGGCGGCUGAGUCAUCAUGGGGAGACGAACAGGAGGAUUUCAACUGCGACACAGUGCAGCCAGGCUGCGAGAACGUCUGCUACGACCAAGCCUUCCCCAUAGCACACAUACGAUACUGGGUUCUCCAAAUUGUUUUCGUCUCCACACCCAGUCUGAUCUACAUGGGCCAUGCUAUGCACACUGUUCGCCAAGAAGAGAAGAGGAGGAGCAGAGCGGAUGAGGAGGGAGACGGGGGAGGGGGGGAAGAUGACCCAGGAGGAGGAGGAGAAGGAGGACGAGAGGGAAAACAGGGGCGAAAAGGAGACAAGGAUGAAGAAAAGGAGAAAAAUGAAGGAUCAUCAACGGGUCGAGUUCGGCUGAGGGGAGCUCUGCUGAAGACAUACAUACUAAGUAUACUGAUCCGCAGCAUCAUGGAGGUAGUGUUUUUGUGUCUCCAGUAUUUCCUGUAUGGAAUCUUUCUUCAUCCUCUGUAUGUGUGCAAGUCCUGGCCAUGUCCACAUCCCGUCAACUGUUAUGUCUCCAGGCCAACAGAGAAAAAUGUCUUCAUAGUGUUCAUGUUGGUGGUGUCAGCCGUCUCGUUGGUCCUCAGUGUUCUCGAGCUGCAUCACCUGGCAUGGAGGCACUGCUGCAGGCGGCUCUUCUUCUCUAAAAAGGCCGUCGUUCCUGCAAACACCUCUCCAACCCGACAGCUGUCUGUGUCCCCUCCUCCGCCAUCGACCCCACCUCCAGAUUUCAACCAGUGUGUAACCAGCUCUUCACACUUCCUCGCCCUUCCUUUCCCCAACCAUCGCCUGGCCCACCAGCAAAACUCAGAAAACAUGGUCACAGAGAAGAACAAAAUAGCUGCUUCGCUGGAGGAGGCAAACUUCCUCCAGAUGAACUGCUAUUCAUCCAGAUGGCAGAACUCUGGAGAUGCUCCAAACCAAGAUGGCGCGUACCUGAGGUCUGACCCUAACUGCUACAGCCCUGAGAGCAGAGACUUGAGCUGUCUUCAGAUCCAGAAUGGAGGCCCGGACGGGCUCCUGCUGAAAGACAAGCGACGAUUCAGCAAAAUCAGCGGAACGAGCAGCCGAACGAGAGCAGACGACCUCUCUGUUUAGAUAAAACUCAGCUUUAAACAAGCUGCAGGAAUCCAAGUCUGCAGAUUUCUUAUGAGCACCAAAUGUCUCAGUUUUUUAAUACAAGAAGCUCCACUUGAUUUUUAAACAAACUGGAAUUAUUUCCUUUUGCCAUUACAGCGCUCUUAAAGCUUGUGUAGAAGCUUUAAACUGAUUGAGGGUCAGGAAAUCAGGAAGGAGCACAAAACUCUCAACAAAUGGGCAGCCAUGUUUGAUUUUGGUGCUAAAUGGACCCAAAAUCCUGCAAAAUUUGCAGGAUCGUGACCAGAACUGACACAAACGGUUGGCUAAACUGAAUACAGGAGUAUUUUUACUUAAUAAUUUAUGUAAUUUUAUGAGUGGAAGACACCUGUUGCCAUAUUUGUUUCACAUUAAUAUUGUCCUGACAAAAGAGCAGGACAAACUUUAACAUCACAGAAAUGUACUUUAAUCACACAGAAAAAGAAAUCCACUUCUUAAAUUCAUCAAAUUUAUCUCGUCAUUUCUUAGUUUAGACGUUAAAAGAGUGUUACACGGUCAAUGUUUCACAGUUCAGCUGUUUGUCCUCCAUAUCAGACUGAUUUGUAGAGGUGAGCAUCACACCUUUGGACUACAAAAGCCUUGGACCUCUGGACCAAAUCCUGAACCCACUGACUCACUGGCUGGACUGGGAUUGUUGUUAAAUGGCCCUGAAAUCUUAUUACAAGACAUGAUUCACUGGAACUGAACCAAACAUUUUGUUUGUUCUAUUUUUCUAUGCCACUUAUCCCAGUUCAGGGUUGCAGGAAGCUGGAGAGAACUCAGAGAGAACUCACGCAUACACGGGGAGAACAAGCAAACUCCGGUUUUUACUCUUUAUGUGAAAAUCAAAACCUUUUGGGUUUGUUUGACUUUUACCUGCAGCAGUGUUUGUUUUCCAUCACAUGGGAUGCAGACGUUUGGUCACCUGUUUCUCUGAUGCUGGUUGCUGCUUCACACCAGCACAGUUUUUAUUAUAUCACCACAUUUUAAAUGACAUGCUUAGUGUAACUCAUAAACAGUCAGUUUGUCUGUAUUAUUAUCAUUCUAACAAUCAAUACCUGGAUUAUUUUAAAGCAUCUACAAACACAAUCGCAGUUUAGGGAUUGUUUUGUUUUCAGGUUGUGCAAUAGCAUUACAUCACUAGUCUAAAGUAUUAUUAUGUCAUGUCUAGUUUCAGAUUGUUUAUUUAUUAUACCACAUAAACAAUGUGAAUUCUUUGUAUGUUUAAAGAGAUUUUCUCAUGAAAGUACAAUUAAAACUUGUUAAUCAUAUUUAAUCUACUUGUUAAAACUUUUAAACUUUGGUCUCAGUUCAGUUUUAAUAGAAAUAUGACAGUGUAGCAUAACAUGUUCAUACUGAAGUACUUGUAUCUCAAAAUUCUGGUUUAGUAUAUUAAUAAAUGUUCCUAAAAGGAAUGCCACAGUCAACAGCAAUCUGAAUAAAUGAUCUGAAAGGCGACAAAUUUGAUGUAAUUGUAGCUAUAGGGUCAGUAACUUCUGAAUGUUCAUGCAUUAAUUAACCAAGCUGGUUUAUUUAAUUACAAACAGGAACUUCAGAACUAGACAGAAAGUAGCUGGACACAUGGGAAUUGCUUAAGAGAGGGGUGUUCUAGGAUUAAAACAAACUGUUCCCAUGGCCAGUGUCCACUUUAGGAAAAGGGCUGAUGGGAGAAUUCCCAGUCAGGUCAUCUGAAUACAUUAGGAAUGUUUGGGAACUGCAUCACUAAAGGGUUUA